UUUACCUUACUCUGCAACCAUCUAAAGCAAAAGUGGCAACAAACAAAAUGAAGGUCUUUAAUUGGGUUCAUCGGCGGUUUCUGAAUGUUAAUUCAUGCACGGCUUUUCUCCAAGAAGAUGAAGUAGAGAAAGGUGCAAGCUCAAAGAUACAAAAUGAUAAGCAUGUUUUGCUUGGGAAUGAUGCUCAUAUGGUAGUCGACAUGCUCGACCAUUGGAAUGAUGGAAUUCUAUCCAUUGGAACUAUUGCUAUUAGUCCCUUGGAGGCUUGUAAGUAUGGAAUGCUCGAGGAAGAAGAUGAUGUUCGUGACCACGAAAUGGCUAACAUUGUCAAUGAACAUGAUGUUGAUAUCGACAACUAUGAAAUUGAAUGUGAUAAUGAAGCAAGUCCUUUGAUGAAUGUCGAGUUUUUUAGCCAUGAAUUGGAGAAGGUUAUUGGUGCUAACCAUGAGAUCAUUGAGGAAGAAGUUGUUGAAAAUGUUGUGGAAUUGAAAGAUGCUAAUAAUUGUGAUGUUAAUGAGAAUGAAGGACAAACUAAGAGGAGAGUUACUCUUGCUGACCUUUUCUUAGAAGACUCUGAUUAUCACCCUGUCAAAGUGUUGAAAGAGGUAGAGGAUGUUUAUGUUGAUGAUGCUUUUGUUAAGGAUGAUACUAGCAAUGGAAAACUAAGCUUUGAGAUGACUUUGAAGCCGACUUCUCGUGCUAAAAAUGGCAUCUCUAAAGCCAAAAAGCUCAUCAAGGAGGAUUUGCACCCACUCAAGAAGUUCAACAAGCUUAUGAAAAGGAUGAUGAAAAAGAAGAUUCACCCGGAAUUCGAAGGAAAGACUCAAAAAGACAUGCAUAUGGAUCCAAGCUAUGGUCUUAGGGACCCCAUAAAUGAUCAAGAUGCAGCCAAUAACGAGUUAGCUUCAUUGCUUCUCAUUCAAGAUGCUAUGAUUUGAGCUGCAUAGAAGAUGAUGAUACAGCAACGGCUCCAAGAAAGUGUAACGAUUACUUGUCAAUCAAGUCUUGUAUAAUAUGCAAUGUAUGAAUUAGGCAUAUGUAUUUAUUUUAUUUUUUUCCCUUUUUUUUAAAAAACAAAACUUAUGUUAAGGUUAUGCUAUUUGUUGUUUAUGGAUGAUUUUAGAGUUUCAUAAGAGGGUUAAAAUUUGUUUAUGUUUUUGAAUGAUUAAUUAACUGCUUAUGUUUAAUUAUGGUUGAAAUUUGAAAAUAACUAUUGCAAGAAAAUGACUCUCCACGUUAUUGCAAGGGCAAUGAUAGUGUCUUAUGAGUUUUUCAUGACAUUAUUUGAAAGUUUUAUG